AAUCAUCAUCUCUCCUCUCACUUUCAUAACCCCUCCCUACUGGUCGUUAUAGUUUCAGUACCAGUCGCCGGAGCACAUUUCAUUCUACACUCCGACACUGAGACUGAGACAGAACAAUGGCGGCCUCAGUACACGCCGCGGCUACGCUUAUCCAGCCUUCUAAGUUGGCCGUCUCCGCAAGGACCGCCAACUCCCAACUCAGAUCUUCUCAGAGCGUUUCUAAAGCUUUUGGCGUUGAAUCUGCCGGAGCUAGACUCACCUGCUCUCUCCACUCCGAUCUCAAAGACGUUGCUCGUAAGUUCUCCGAUGCCGCCAAGAUCGCUGGCUUCGCUCUUGCCACUUCCGCUCUUGUCGUUUCGGGAGCCGGUGCGGAAGGAGUACCAAAGAGACUCACCUUUGAUGAAAUCCAGAGCAAGACAUACCUUGAAGUAAAGGGAACUGGAACAGCAAACCAGUGCCCAACCAUUGAUGGAGGAGUUGAUUCAUUUGCCUUCAAAUCUGGCAAAUACCAAGCCAAAAAGUUCUGUCUGGAGCCCACUUCUUUCACUGUCAAGGCAGAGGGAGUGAACAAGAACUCCCCACCAGAAUUCCAAAACACCAAGCUCAUGACUCGCCUAACUUACACCCUAGACGAGAUUGAAGGACCCUUUGAAGUGAGUGAUGAUGGUUCCAUCAAGUUUGAGGAGAAGGAUGGAAUUGACUAUGCUGCUGUCACUGUUCAGCUGCCUGGAGGCGAGCGUGUUCCUUUCCUCUUCACCAUCAAACAGUUGGUGGCCUCUGGAAAGCCAGAUAGCUUUGGAGGAGACUUCUUGGUGCCAUCAUACCGUGGCUCCUCCUUCUUGGACCCAAAGGGAAGAGGAGGUUCGACUGGUUAUGACAAUGCGGUGGCAUUGCCGGCUGGUGGAAGAGGUGAUGAAGAAGAACUUGCUAAAGAAAACAACAAGAAUGCUUCAUCUUCAAUAGGGAAAAUCACUUUGAGUGUGACCAAGAGCAGGCCUGAGACUGGUGAAGUUAUUGGUGUGUUUGAGAGCGUUCAGCCAUCUGAUACUGAUUUGGGAGCAAAAGCUCCAAAGGAUGUGAAGAUCCAGGGUGUCUGGUACGCUCAGCUUGAAUCUUAGACCCCUUUCUUUCUUUGUUUUAUGAUUUGCAUAUAGUGUCGUUGUCAGUUUAUUAAGAGAGUUGCUAAACUUUCUUCGAGAGAAACGCUAGAAGGGGUUCUAUUUUAUUCCAGUUUGCAUAUAAAAUCUUUGUGCCUUUCAUUCA